CAUUGUGACCUUUACCAUAUUGUAGCCUGUAGAUUCCAGUGAACCGUUGUUUCCAGUGUAAACAUUCUGUUAUUAUUCGAGUUCUUCUUCUGCAAAAAAUGUUUGUAGAUGAAGUGCUGGAUGGUGUUAACUUUAAAUCUACCUGGAAGAAAGAAAGGUACAUUAAUGACCGUGAAACACAGACAACUGCCCUGCUUGUGUCAGAUGAAGCUGUGCAGUCAUACAAAACUGUAGACGAGGCUGUGCAAACUGACGAAGAGCCAAAACGGAAAUUGAGAUUGGCAGAAGAUACCAGUGGGCAACUUGCAAAUUUUUUGCGUAGAACUGAACCAUAUAUUAUCAAACAGUUGACCAAUAACCUUCGAAGCAGAGCAUUUGAUGGAUAUGACGUGGAUUUGGAAGAUGACAGCACAUCGGUUACGAGCCUUCACACGCUGACUUACCCAUCACUUCAAGACAAGUUCCAAGUGACCAGUCUUUCUUGGAAUUCCACGGGAUCUGUUAUAGGAGCCUCCUAUGGGCAACAGGAACACGAGGACUGGUGUACACAUCGCUCUGUAAUGUGUACGUGGAACUUGGACCGCACAGGGAUAGUGGCAGACAAACCAGACUCCAAGAUUGAAGUGGACAGUUGCCUCAUGUACAUUGCCUUCCACCCAAAAAAUCCAGCUAUUGUGGCUGGAGGAAGCUUCAAUGGUGAGGUGUUACUGUGGGAUUUGAGCAGGGAGGAUGACAUGUUGAUAGCAACAUCGGGACUGGGGCAGGAUUCACAUCAGGAGCCUGUCACUAAGGUCUACUGGAUCACUGAUGCCAAGGGCAAGAAAAUAUAUCUGGUUAGUGCCAGUGGCGAUGGGAAGAUUAUUCAGUGGAAAAUAGACAGGAAGGCCCAGAAGCUUCUCCCUAAGGAAGGGUUCAUGGUGAUGACCCAGUCCUUGCCCCGCCAGAUGAAGGUCAAAGGCGUACGUGGGGACCGAGAGAUCGGGGUCACGUGUCUGUCGUACCACAGCGAGGAUCGAGAAACGUUCAUUGUGGGCUCUGAGACGGGGGUCAUCUUCAAGUGUUCCAUGUACUCCCAGGGACCACCAGCUGGAAGUCACAUUGUGUCAUCAAUCCCUCUACGCUCGCCUGUCACUUUCACAUAUAACCCCCACCACGGUCCAGUCUAUGCGGUAGAGUGCUCUCCCUUUCAUAGGAACGCCUUCGUGAGCGCUAGCAUGGACCAGUGUAUUCGUCUCUACAGUUUGCUGCAGGCCCAGCCAGUGUUGACCAUAGAGCCAGGAGAGGGCUAUGUACACUCUGCCACUUGGUCCCCGGUCAAGGCCACCGUUAUAGCUGCAACAACACAGUCUGGCAACCUCCUGAUUUACGACCUCAAACAGGGAAAGACUGUUCCAGUCCACAACAUUCCUGCCAGCAGUAACAAGGAACCUGUCUAUGCCUGUCAAUUCAACCCUCAGCAGACCCAUCUCCUGGCAACUGGGGACGGUAAAGGGCGGGUGCAGAUUUUCAAGUUGAGCUCCAAGCUCCAGCAAGUAUCUGGAAAGGAGACAGAGUUCCUGGGAAACCUUGUGAAUGUUACGGCUGAAUAAUGGUGGCAAAGUAAAUGCAUUAAACGAUCCCUGAACAUGACAUUGUGUACAGCUAGCCAGAAUUAACGUGAUGUCUGAAUUAACGUGCUGCAACUGAAAUUGAUAAGCCUAACUUUGCGCUUUAGUUACUGCGAAGGAUUUGGAAUCUCACCAAAACAUUACACUUGAAAAGAUUGUUUGAUCGAAAACAAAGGCAAAAAGCCUCCUAAUCGCAUAAGUUUAAAUUUCUGCCAUUUUUCCUUGCAAUUUAUUAUCUGUGAUAGAUACUGGACUCUGUAUUUAUAAAUCAAUAAAUUGUGUUUUCUAG